AUGAACAUCAAGAUCUCUGUCGAUGGACAACAUGGGGCGCUCAUUGCCCGCAGCGACGCCUUUAGCCCUGUCGAACCAAAUAAUUCGCUGGCUUUGGUGAGGGACCAGGGGAGCAACGGAGCGCACGGGGCCGAUGCCGCUCCACCAGUUCCAGGCUCCCCAGCUGGAUUUCUGGCCGUUGAAGUCACAGAGUCCAAAGAGACUCAGGGAGGAAUUCGUGUGAAUGUAAUGGAAUCCGCGGGGAUGGAAAAGCCACCUGCUUCCGUCGAAAUCCCAAUACGACAGGACGUCCUGUUCACAGCCAUUGGUGGUGAUGGAGAGCCGGGUAGAACAGGCGGCGAUGGCCAGAAUGGUAUGGAUGGCACGGAUGGUGCCAUUGCUACUCGUACAUCAAACGCUACUCCAGGCAACGAUGGUGGCAGUGGUGUGCAGGGCGAGAUGAAGAUGAAACCCAUCUCCUCCUUGCCUGCUCUUGGGAUACACGGCGUGGCAAAGGUGGUCCUGCUGGCCGCCAUGGCAACCCUGGCCGCGGAGGUCGAGGAGGACGUGGAGGUGCAGGCUGCACAUGGACUGAACUUGUGGGUUACAAUUACUACUGUACAGCCAAUUGUGUUGGCAGGAGAUCGGAACCUUCUGCGUCGAGAGCUCUCGUUACCACUGGGUCUCGAGCUGGGAUUGGAACAAGUGUACGAGAAAUUCCAGAUGCUUCCUGCCUGCGAUGGAAAGGAUGGCCAACCUGGUGCCAUCAUCGCAGAUUCUCUUUUCCCUGGGACAGAUGGCCGUGAUGGUAAGACCACCAUAUAUGUACGGCAUGCCGAUGGCACUCGCCAUGAGUAUAGCACACGGUACAAACUCGAGCUUGUUGAUUUCGAUGUUGAGGACGAGAAUGGAGAUGGUAUCUUUGAGCCCGGAGAACAUCUUUUUAUACGACGCAUAAGGGUCAAAAAUACUGGUGGUAUGCCUUCACCAACUUGUCCUAUCCCGAUUACAGCGGUCGCAUCCAGGUGGCUCGCCCCAGUUGCAGGGGAUGCAGGCCGGACAUUCCUUCCGAGCUCCAUUGCUGUCCAGGAAUUGGUCACCCUCGAAGGAUGCAUCAAAGUGUUAAUCCGCAGAGAUGAGCACCCACCGGCUUGUGGGAGCGUUUUCUUUCAACAAGAUUUAUUGUCUAUAAUUGCAACGAUGCCAUGGCUCGAUCGGUCUUUACCUUACUUCUCAUUCAGGAGGGCUGUUGACAUUCAGUAUCCCUGUGAGCUGAGAAACUUCGAGACCCUUGCCAGUCUAGCUCAGGGAUCCACAAACAAGAUAGCAUGGGAGGUGUUCAACAAGAGCAAUAAGACGUUAGGGCACACGGCGCCGUCGCCGAGGUGUAUCGAAGUGGACGCCUCUUUCCCUGCCGACUAUGGCGCGCUCCUUUCCUCAACAGAAACAUGGUCGGACGAGGUAGGGCAAGCAGUGGCAUCGAUAUCUGCGAGAGAAGCUAGUCACCUCGAGCAAGUACUGCGUAUCUCACCAGAUGCACAGAGCUAUCAACACGUUGUUUUCCAACUCAGCCUCUACAUAUCAGAUCCCCAUCAGGAACCCUCGGACGAGGCCCACACUCGGGACAAAGUCAGUCUCAUACAACAAAAGGAUAUCACAAUCCAAAUUUCCAGCCAUUACUUGCAUAGCUCCAAUUCGAGUUUCCUAUUGGUGACAAACUCGGAAACCACAAGACAUCGCGCAGAAGCCAUGCAGGCCUUUAUCCACAAUGAGUUGAGUAUGGAAAUAGAUCUCUGGAACGUGGAUCUGUACGGUGGACUUCAAGAUCGCGCCGAGGAAAACAGAACAAGAGAGUCAGUGCUGACAAGCUACGAAGGAAAGACCCUCCUCUUUCUCGGCGACCAGUUCCAAUUCUUCCGCGCUGGUCAGCGCCAAAUCACGCAACUGUGCGAUCCAAGAUGCCUUGCACAAGCCGCAUUGCGUGAAACAUCCUGCCUAUUUCUUGGUUCUUCGGGUCACCAGGGCUUCGAGUCACUUACCAAGGCCCUUAUUAGUCCUCCCUCGUGUCGUGUAUCCGAGAUAGAGCAGCAUAUUCAGGCGUCUAGCAGAUUCCUCAACGUGGAAGAGAUGACCUUGUCAAUUUGCCAGGAGAGAGUUCUAGGAUCUUCAAACCUUACAACUUACGUCAUGCCUGUCCAAAGUAGAUGGUACAGGCUAGGUAAGGCCAGCCCCUGGUCUGAAGCCAAAAAGGCCGUCAAAUAUCUGCGCAACCAUCUUCCACAAGAACGCUUCUUGGUCAGCAUUAUCUCUCCCGUCACCACCGACACAAUAAAACACGAGUCGAGCUCCCAGCCUUUUCAGGAGAAACGAAACUUCAAGAACUUUCUGUCGAAGAAAAAGUCAAAUGCGGAUUGGGGAUCAAUCUGUGUGCUGCAAGGUGUUUCGCAUCGGGCCUCGCUUGUUGCAACUGAGGCUCAACCCUUGCAACAAGUCCAAACCUCGUCCCCAGCGCGGCAGUCAGCUGCUGGAAGAAAUAGGAUCUUGCAUUCACACGCGGCUUCGCUCCUCAACCCGUUCGAAAAAUUCAUGAUAGUCUCUUCCCUACCUAAUCACAAGCGUGUAGAUAUCGUCUGGUCCCAAUCCACCGCCGAAAAUACUUCCCAACCACGACACUCCCAAUUCAUCGUCGAUGCUGCAGGCCUUUCCAUUCUGUCAAAGAUCAGUACAGAGAUCAGUGUGCUCCUUCACAAGGCACCCUGGCCAGACACCAUAACCUUCCCGAGCCGAAACGCGCCACAGGACAAAACAUUUCAGAUCCUGGAUCUCCAUCUCCCGACACUGUCCAGCCUGCUACAGCAUCCCCACGCAAAAACAGUCGCGGUAACAAUUCCCAGCUGCAUCCUCGAUAUACUGCACUUCACUCUAGCCUGCACAAAACCACAAAAGAAACGCCACGUCGUCAGGUCGGCUCUCCUUCCAACCUCCCAGCGACGCCGAAAUCUCCACACUUUCUUGCAGCAGACAUUCUCCACCCUCUUGAGCGGCCACGAGUCCCACGCCUCACCCGAAGCACUGGAAGAAUUUCACAAGAACACGAAGUCCUGCCAUUCUCGAUUUAAGGCUAACAAGCGGAAUACCUCUGUGCUUAUCAUACGCCGGGCGGCAGAGUUGGUGGGAAAGUCUGAACAUGCAUUCAAGGCUGGGCAGAAGUCGGGAUCUGAUGUCGUCCCCGUAAAUCAAUUGCUCAAUCAGAGAGAGUGGGAUGCCCGCGUCGAAAAUAUCGACCAAAUGGUGGCCAGAGUGGAACAGGAGAGUGCGGAUGCGAGAACUGUGUUGGAUAGGAUGAUUUUGGCACCUUGA